UUGACUGUUGAAAAAUGAAAGCGGCAGUUUUGUUCCCGCUAUUUCUCAAUGAAAUAGGGACAACGUUGCAUUAUUAUUUUUAUUUUUUAAUUAUCUCGCAUCUCGCCAACACUCUCGCAUUAUGACGAGUUCUGUUAGUACAAAUCCAUCAACGUUGUUGCCUCUAGAAUUAGUUGACAAAUGCAUCGGUUCUCGAAUACACAUCAUUAUGAAGAACGAUAAAGAAAUUGUCGGCACCUUGUUGGGUUUCGAUGAUUUCGUGAACAUGUUGCUGGAGGAUGUGACAGAAAGUGAAGCAACCCCGGAAGGACGAAGAGUCACUAAGCUUGAUCAAAUAUUACUCAAUGGAAGCAAUAUCACAAUGCUUGUGCCUGGUGGAGAAAUGCCCGAUACAUAAAAAAGUAAUUAUCUUUGUUAUAUUUUGUACAAUAAAAGUUUCAACGU